AUGAAUUUAAAGAUAAAAUGUUAACAAGAUGACCAUUAGGAUGAGAUAGACACGGUUUGUUAUAACCAGUUUUGUACAGAAUUUAGAUUGAAUUGUUUUAAAUGUAUGAAGAAGGCAAGAAUCCAUCAUGAUCAUUUUGAUGAUGUUGAAAAACUCAAUAGUUUGAUUGAAUUCAUUGAAAGUAAAAAUAAAGAAUGUGAUCAUUUGAUUAAUGAUCUCAAUACAUAUCUAGACAGUCUGAAUCAAUCAUUUACAUUAUUAAAAAGGGGAAUCAGAUAAAAAUAUUCAUUAAUAAAAGAAAGAUCUCUAUUAUUGAACUCUUAGUAACUAAAUGAUUAUUUGAAUUCAACCGUCAAAUUAAUUGAAUACAAAUAAUCUAUUACAACAAUCAUUUCAGAUUAAACUAAGAAAUUAACUCAUACAUUUAAUAACUUAUAUCAAUAAUUAAAUUUAUCAUCAUUUAAUUAUUAUUAUAUUGAGGAUAAUUCUAUAAAAUUAUCUAAAGAGUUAUAUGAUAAAGGUAAUCAUAUUAUUACAAUCCUUAGGUUAUGAUUUAUAUUGGAAAGAUAAAUAUACUGAGGCAAUAGACAUAUUUGAUAUUUCAAUACAAUAAAAUCCAGAUAACCAUUUAUCUUUAUGGUGCAAAGGUAAAAUUAGGAGAAGAUUAAUAGGCGCAUGUUUAAGAAACUUAAAUAAAAAUGAGGAUGCAAUCACUUGGGUGGACAAAGCAUUAGCUAUUGAUCCUAAGCAUGUGAAUUCCUUAUUUGAGAAAGGUAGAUUGAAUCAUUAUUGUAUUAAUAGGUUAGUGUUUAAGAAACUUAAAUAAAUAUGAGGAUGCAAUCACUUGGGUGGACAAAGCAUUAGCUAUUGAUCCUAAGGAUGUGGAUUCCUUAAAUGAGAAAGGUAGAUUGAAUCAUUAUUGUAUUAAUAGGUUAGUGUUUAAGAAACUUAAAUAAAUAUGAGGAUGCAAUCACUUGGGUGGACAAAGCAUUAGCUAUUGAUCCUAAGGAUGUGGAUUCCUUAAAUGAGAAAGGUAGAUUGAAUCAUUAUUGUAUUAAUAGGUUAGUGUUUAAGAAACUUAAAUAAAUAUGAGGAUGCAAUCACUUGGGUGGACAAAGCAUUAGCUAUUGAUCCUAAGGAUGUGGAUUCCUUAAAUGAGAAAGGUAGAUUGAAUCAUUAUUGUAUUAAUAGGUUAGUGUUUAAGAAACUUAAAUAAAUAUGAGGAUGCAAUCACUUGGGUGGACAAAGCAUUAGCUAUUGAUCCUAAGGAUGUGGAUUCCUUAAAUGAGAAAGGUAGAUUGAAUCAUUAUUGUAUUAAUAGGUUAGUGUUUAAGAAACUUAAAUAAAUAUGAGGAUGCAAUCACUUGGGUGGACAAAGCAUUAGCUAUUGAUCCUAAGCAUGUGGGUUCCUUAUUUGUAAAAGGUAGAUUGAAUCAUUAUUGUAUUAAUAGGUUAGUGUUUAAGAAACUUAAAUAAAUAUGAGGAUGCAAUCACUUGGGUGGACAAAGCAUUAGCUAUUGAUCCUAAGGAUGUGGAUUCCUUAAAUGAGAAAGGUAGAUUGAAUCAUUAUUGUAUUAAUAGGUUAGUGUUUAAGAUUAUUAAAAAAAUAUAAUGAAUCUUUUUAAAUACUAGAUUAAGCACUCUCCAUCAAUCCGCAAAAUACAUUUUCUCUCAACCGUAAAGGUAUUUUUCAACUUUAACUGUAGGAGAUUGUUUAAGAGAUUAAUAGAAAUACAAAGAAGCACUGAUUUAUUAUGAGUAAUCAUUACAGAUUGAUCAAAAUAAUCAAUAUUCAAAAAACUAAAAGGGUACUCAUUACUUUUUAAAUUAGAAUUCUGCUAAAAGAAAUUGAAUUAGUGA